AUGUCCACCACACUGACAAUCACCAGAUCCCACCACGAGUCUCUGUCGCCUGCCCCGGAGACGUUUGAAUUGAGCCUCAAGACUCCUGGAAGGUCGUUACGAGAACUCUCACGGCGGGUGGCGGGUGGCUCGACGCCACAAGAGCGCUCUUCUCACCCUUCACCUCUCUCAGAUGAGGAGGACAAUAACCAGAGUCAUCAUGUCAGACACGACGUUCCUCCGCCCGCCGGUUCUUCCCACUCCGUCACGCAGCGGUGGAACCGACCGACAGGAAACAUCGGCCGACUUGGAUUCGCAUGUUUUUCAUUUAUGGUUGCCGGCCUGAACGAUGCCGCCGUCGGCGCCUUAAUCCCAUAUUUAGAGAGGUACUACGACCUCAACUAUACCAUCGUCUCACUGAUCUUCUUGACGCCGUUUUUCGGCUACUCCGUCGCGGCAUUCACCAAUGCCACGAUCCACGCCAAGUUUGGCCAGCGCGGAAUAGCGAUCAUGGCGCCGAUCUGCCAUAUCAUUACUUUCGCCGUCUUGGCUGGCCAUCCGCCCUUUCCGGUGCUCGUGGUUGCCAACACCAUUUCCGGCUUCGGCAACGGUCUUACCGACGCAUGUUUCUGUGCGUGGGUUGGGCUCAUGGACAACGCCAACGCCGUCCAGGGCCUCAUGCACUCAUGCUACUCGAUCGGCUCCCUGUUUGCGCCCUUGAUCGCCACCUCGAUGGUUGUCAAGGCCGACCUGCCCUGGUAUGAUUUCUACUACUUCAUGACUGGUGCGGCGGUUCUUGAGCUUGUCGGGCUGAGUUUGACAUUCUGGCGAAAGACCGGUGAGGUGUAUCGCGUCGAAAACCCUCGAGAGAACGACGCCAGAGGUGGCCGCACGAAGGAAGCACUCAAGUCCAAAAUCACCUGGCUAUGUGCAGCCUUCUUUUUCAUAUAUAUGGGCAUCGAAGUCGGUCUCGGCGGCUGGAUCGUGACAUUCAUGCUCCGGGUGCGCGGAGCCUCGCCCUCAGUGUCGGGCUAUUCCGCCACCGGCUUCUGGGCGGGCCAAGCUGUUGGCCGGGCCUCGCUGGGCUUCGUGACCCAGCGCUUCGGAGAGCGGCUCUGCAUCAUCAUCUACCUAGUGUGCUGCCUGGCGCUGCAGCUGGUCUUCUGGCUCGUGCCUCAGUACAUCGUGUCGGCCGUGGCCGUCGCCUUCCUCGGCUUCUUUCUCGGCCCCCUGUUCCCCGGCUGCGUCAUGAUGGCCGCCAAUCUGUUGCCCAAACACAUCCACGUCAGCGCCAUCGGCUUCGGCAUGGCCUUGGGCGGCACCGGCGGCACCAUCUUUCCCUUCGUCAUCGGCGCCAUUUCCGCCAGCAAGGGCGUCAAGGUGCUGCAGCCCAUCAUACUGUCGCUGAUCGCCGUGCUUACCAUCGUAUGGUUGCUGUUUCCAAGGGUCAAGAAGAGGGAAUGA